AUGGUUACGAAAUACCAACGUGAUGAGUAUCGCGAAGAUGGUCCAUCCACAAAUAAGAAAAUUUCAGAACCUUUUAUGUACGGAAACUCCGCAACCGUAAAGACCAGUGUCACUGCUAAUUUAUUAGAAAAGAAGAUUGCUUUGGACAUGAAUGAGCCAGUAACCUCUUUUAUACGGUUGAGAAAACGUGCUCCAAUUUAUCAGAUUCAGCAUGAUGAUUUGCUUGAUGUUUUGGAAGAACAACUUGAUUCACUGCAACCAACUUCUUUAAUUAGUGAAGAAGAAUUGCAAGUGGGUACCUUAUGUGUAUCAUUUUGUCGUACAUUUGAUUCAUUGUUUCGAGCAGUCAUAACAAACAUAAAUAAUAUUGGCAUUGAAGUUCAUUAUGUUGAUUAUGGCAAUUAUGAAACAGUGAACAGAGACGAUCAAAUGUCGAUUUUUAAUCUGUCUGAUGUCGCUCGUACCUAUCCAGGAAUGGCAAUCCCUUGCAUGCUUUUCAAUUCGCUUGUCUCAUCAACUGUUUCGAAUUCUGCGGAAACUGAAGACGAAUUUAUAACAAAUUUGAAGGAUGCCGUUUCAUGUGAACACCAUUCAUUCCGAAUUCGAAUACUGCAAAUUCGUGAAGAUAGAAUCUGCAUCGUUGAAUAUAUUUCAUCGUAA